UCCACCGGGUGCUGCCUGGAGCCCCCGCAGCCCCGGGCCCGCCCGGCCGCCUUAAAGAGGCCGCAGCCGGAUCCAGUCGCCGUGCGAACUGCUCUCUCCAGACCAACCUGGGGAUGGACCUCAGUGUCCCAGGCACGAGGGCGGAGGAAGAGCGGGGAGCCGAGCGCUGGAGGCGGGGCACCCGCCUGUCGCGCUCGCUGCACCUGCCGAAAGUCCCGCCCACUCCUUUCGGGCGCAGUUUCUCGAGUCACCGUUAGGGGGAGGGGCGGCCAGACCACUGGGCGAAAAGUAAUAACAAUAGCUAACUAACAUUGAUUCCCGGCGUUGUACAACUCAGGCCUUUUACUCGCCCCUCGCGUCGUCCUCGCCGAAACCCUAUAAGGUGUGUUUCUCAACAGAAACCCACCCAGGAAUACAUUAUAUGGCUCCCCCCGCCCCCCCCAUAGGGAUUCCUCAUACUAGUGUUGUUCGUCUCAUGGGCGAGCCAUGCAGAUGCGUUUCCGAGACAAAUGUAUCCUACAUCAGCGUGUCUCAGUUAGGUGUUUGCUAUAAUGCAGGUGUGCUCUAAACGGCUGUUUUCUACACAGGUUGGCUCCUAGGCAGGUGUGUACCACACAGGUGUGUUUUUAUUAGGGGCCACCCAUUCAGGCCUGCCCCAGACAGGAGUGCCUCAUGCACCAGUGUCUCCACGCCCGGUGCGUCCCUGGCGCGGUCCCACCUCCGCUUGGCUCCGCCCUCCCAUCUAGGCUCAGGUGCACAAGCCGGAAGUGCGCUCCCCUCCCAGGUGCCGGGUCGCGGGGACCCCCGGCCCGAGAUGUGGUAGAAGCAGCGCGCCCGCGAAGCCCGGUCCCCGGUGCCACCAGCCCGUCGCCCGGCCCAUGGCGAGCCCCGGCCUGGGGCUGCUCCUGGCGCUCGGCCUGCCGCUGCUGCCGGCCCGCUGGGGCCGGGCCUGGGGGCAAACGCUGGACCCCCACGUAAAUGAGAACGGCACCAUUACACCCUCUGCCCCCGGCUCUGGCUCCAAUGGGGCCCUGUCUCAGGAGGCCAUCACUGCCAUCAUUGUGGUCUUCUCCCUCCUGGCCGCCGUGCUUCUGGCCGUGGGGCUGGUGCUGCUGCUGCGAAAACUGCGUGAGAAGCGGCAGACACAGGGCACCUACCGGCCCAGCAGCGAGGAGCAGUUCAACCAUGCAGCCGAGGCCCGGGCUCCCCAGGACUCCAAGGAGACAGUGCGGGGCUGCCUGCCCAUCUAGGUCCCCUUUUCUAUCCAUCUCCCUUGCUGUGUGACCUUAGGGGAAGGCUGAGCCCUCUCUGGGCAACCAAACUUACCCAGUGCUUAAGAGUAGAAGGGAAGAAGGUGCUUUAAAGACAGUCCCUGAGGGCUAGGGAGAUGUGCUGCUCACAUUUUAUAUAUUUACAUAUAUUCAGUAGUGAGAGAUAUUAAAACUUUUUGUUGUUGUUUUUUGAGCUGAUGGGGGCAGGAAUUAGUCUAGAUGGAAGGAACACACUCAGGACUCAUAGGCUGUUGAGAGAUGAAUUGUAAGGUUGCAAGGAUCCGAGGGCUGGGAGGGCUUCCUGGAAGGGAGGGGCUUUCAGCUGCACCUUCGAGCCAACUGGAGGCUGCCCCAGGAGGAAGGUAGUGGAUGGGCUGUGUUUCUGAGCAGAGAGAGGGGCCCCCGGAUAAACUCACCAGGAAAACCAGUUUUGGGUUCUUGUGGCUUUAUUGAAGGAAGGACGGGGGUCUCCUCCAGGACCCUGAUUCUUAACCUUCAAAACACUUUUUAAGCUCAGCAACUCUGGGCCCGCUCCUAGCCUGGGGCCCCUGCCAGUCGUUGGCAGGUGCAGCAGGGGAUCUGAGGGCUCCCGGUGCCCCCUCCGGGAGCUGGGGGUGAACGGGUUCUGCCAGCAGGACCUCAGAAGGCUGGGAUCUGGGAUUCUCUGGGGAACCGGUAUCUGAGGAAGAAUCAAGGGGUUGGGAGGUCCGGGUAAUAUCCAUGUUGGGCUUUGUGGGGACCAGAAGUUGGGGGCUUUCUGGAGGGCUGGACUGGGUGGGUGCUGUGGAGAGCUGGGAGCAGGGGCUGUCCUGGGCUCUGGGAUCUUCGACUUCCUUGGGGGAAGGGGAGAGAUGUAGGAUUAGGAGAUGGGACUCAGGGUCUCCUUGACUGCAUGUGUCCACAGGACCUGAUGAGGACUGGGAUGGAAGGAUGAUUUCUUGGCUGGCCUCCAAGGGUGGCUGGGAAGUAGGGUCCUCUGAGGAGAUCAUGGCAUCUAAAGGCUGGAGGGUGUGCAGAGAUGGCAGGUCAGCAGACAAGGACAGGGGCUGAGGCUCUGGUGGUUUCUCAUCCUCUGGUUGCCAUCUUGGUCCUCCUGGUAUGUCAGGCUGGGUAGGGGUGGGGAGAUGGGCAAGUUGCUGGCCUUCAGAUGCUGGAGGGGCUGGAUGGGCUAGUGGGGGAGGACUAGGAGGCUCUCACCAGGCUGAAGCAGCUGUCUGAGUCCCCUCUGUGGCAGCAGUCCAAGCUCUGACUGGGCCGUAGGCUGCUCGUCCUGCUGGCUCCCGUGCUCAGACUGUCCAGAAUCUCGCUCAGCAAAUCCAGUUCUUCUCCAGACCCCAGGAAACUGCUGUCCAGAGCCUCCUCUGCCCAUGGGUCCUGGACAUCCUCAGGGCUCAGAGCAGGUGCCCUGGGUAAGGAUGGGCCGCCUCACAUGUCUGCUCAAGACUCCCCAGUUUUGACUGGACUGCUCUGGAGGUUGUUGAGUUUAGAGACCACCCUCCCCAUCAGUCUUGGCCUCCCACUCCCAAUAAGGCUCCCUCCCCAGCCAUUGAGCCUUACCUCUCCCCCAGGGAUUGGGGAGGUCUCUCCUCCAGCCGCCGCCUCCUGCUGGGGCGAAUGGGCCGGUUCUGCAAAAGACAGAUUCUCGGAGGGCAGGGCCUCAGGAAAUACCCAAUCAGGUUUCUGGGGGAGGGUGAGUGUUAAGUGGGCACCGGAUAUUGGGGUAGGUGAACUGUGAGUGAGGUGUCUGAAUGAAGACAGAAUGGGAGGAGGCCUAGGUGGUAAUUCCAGGUGAGAGCAUUUGUGGUGGUGGUCCGUGAGGCAGGCAUACCUACCUUUCCAAAGUGCUGGGUGAUAGGCAGGCGCUGCUGCAGGCGAUCUGAGCGGCUGGUGAGGGACGGGGCUCUCAAGGAACCCCCCCUUUGCAGGCCAGAGUCCCCAUCCUAGGAAGAGGGUGAGUGAGCCAGGAGCCCCUUCUUCCACUGCCCCGGCCACUGGCCACUGGCCUUACCUUGUACAUCAGAAGGCUCUGCAUACCCUUCAAGCCGCUCUUGGCCUGCGGAGGAGCCAAAAGAGAAUUAGACUCCACAGUGACUUGACCCUGAGCAUUUGAGAGCUCAGCUCUCCAUCAUAGGACAACUGUCUUGCCAUCUGUUCACGUUUGGGCCUCACAGAAAGUCACAAUUCUCCACUUACCACCUGAGAAGUCCAUGCAAACUCACCGCUUGCCUAAUACAGAAGGAGUAUUCCUAGGGGACGUAACCACUGAAUGAAAUGGGGAGGGGCAAAAAUGGAAUGUUGUAAAAAUGUAUCAGCAUUCAAAAGCCAAGCAAGGAAUAAAUCCUAAGGGACAACUCGAGUAAAUCCUAAGGGACACCUCAAAGCUGCAGAAGUUGGCCACAGGAAACUUCUGGGCUUGAGAGAAGAGAAACAAGGGCAGAGGCUGGGACUGUCGUCGUGUCUGAGGACAAAGGAUGUUCACCAAUGAAUCUAGGUUGUCAAUUUUAAAUAGGGAACCAAUGAUCCUGACAAAAAUGAGUAGGUACGCGGGAGAAUAAAAGCAGGAAGACUUGUUAACAGUUUAA